UUCAAUGGAAUACCUUAUUAUAGUUAUCACAAGUUUUUACUUAACUGGUUACAUGAUUGGUAUGGUUGGCGGCACCAACGAAUUUAGAUAUACAACACAUAAAAACAUUUCUGUAGGAAGAGCAAUAAAUACUAGCAUGUGUGGCGUAUAUGCCCUUGCAGCAGACAAACAAAAAUUCCAUAUCCAUUCAGAUGGGUAUCAUAUUGACCCUCCGUGCUCCAUUUAUUUCGCCGGUGUGAAUAGAAUCGAUAGCAGCUACAGAUUUUCUGGCAUGUGCUUCAAAAUGUCAGAUAUUGCAUUACCAUGUGGCAAAAACGAUACAUUUAUUAUAAGAGGAUGGUCGUUGGAUAUCCGCUACAACAACCAGUCAGUAUCGCUGUAUACAAAUCAUAGCAUGUUGAUCACAGAAAAAAACAUAAGAUGUGAAAGUAGACAAGACUUAACAAUGAACUAUGAACUGUGUUGGGAGAAAGUAUCGAUGUUAGAAAUCUUAUUUUACAGUCCAUACAAGCCUUCUUCAGUGCUACCAACACUUACUAUACAUACGCGUGCAAUAAUGGUGACUAAGUAUCCGGCAUUAAGUUUACAUGCUAUGGACACAAUGAGUAUACAGAUGAGUCAAUGCAACUGUAAUAAUCCGACCUGUAGGACAUGCAUACCAACUUCACACGAUAUGUAUAUCGAAUUCCUUGAUAGAGUAAUUACGAUAGGCAGAAAUAAUGAUAAUAAUAAUGAUGCUGUAAAGCAAGAUAUCGAGGAAAAAAGCAGUUCUGCUAGUGUUGAUCUGAAUAUUUUGCUACCUUCUCUGCUUGGUGCUAUUGCAACUGUUGCAACAGCAAUUGUUGGAGCUUGGAAAUGUAAUGAAAUUAGAAAAGAAAAAAAGGCAGAGGGUAGUUCCGCAAAUGAAGGUGAAAAUGCACCUGGUGUUGCCGCAAAUGGCGCUGAAGACAAUCAGAAAGUAACGAAAACGAAACAACGACAAUUGAGAAUUCUUCGCUUUUGGAGAAAAAAAGAAAGUGUGCCAUUGCUUACAUUAGAGAAUGGACAAACUCAACAGUGAUUAGUUUCAUAAGCGCUCGUCUUCUGUAAACAAUAUCUAGAAACACAUGACGUGGGCAUUACAAAAAGUAUCAUUGUUAUAUAGUGAUAGACAUAGCAUGAAAGACAUAUUGCAAAGGAUUGAUAACCAAUUUCCUGGUUUCAAUAUUGACUGCCUAGUCGGUAAUGGAAUAUUAGUGUCCCAGAUAAUUACAGAAAUGUUAUAUUUGCCGUCGUCAUAGUCAUAGUGGAACAAUUGUAAACAAUCAACUUUUUUCCUGAAUUUCUCGCGAGGUUAAGUUAUUCAAUAUGUUUUUGUUAUUCCAGGUAAAUGUCAAAACUUUCUUUUAUAUUCCGACAAGUGUUUGUAUAAAUUAAUUACUUAUUGAACUAAUUUGAUUAAUCUGAUGUUUUAUUUCUGAAAUCGCUUUAAACUUUUUCGUAUUAUUGUUUUUAUA